AUGCCCGCGCAACUCUUCAUCCUCUACCGGACAUAUAGCAGCCUCGUCGGCAGCCUCGCUCUCCCUGUCGCCGCGAUGGUCCAAGUCGUCACCAUCGAGGACGUGAGAAGGGGCGCCUUCGGGUGGUUCUGGAUGCGCCGCCAAAAUGGCUGCCCGUGCGGACGCUACGCCUUUUACCACGAGUGCGGCCAUUUGCCAACCAGCCCAAUCCUUCACAAAUGCGGCGGGACGUUAUCCCAAGGCAGCGGCGGUAUAAUUCUCUGCUACCGCCCAGCCCCGCUCGUCAAUGUGCACAACGUUGUCAUCAGAGGACAGUGCAGCCACUGCAGAAACAACAACAACAACAACAACCACCGCUGGGGUCACUAA